CGAUAUGAGGUUGAGUAAUUAAUGAUAGAAAUUUCAUUUUUGGGUGAACUAACCCUUAAAAUUUAUAAUAACAUUUUUAAAUAUGGCAGUUUUAUGUGUUUUUGGUUAAAAAAAUGAAAAGCCUGGUGUGCAUAAGAGAGUUUCAGAAACAAUUUGAGUAUUUCCAACAAAAAUGUAUUGUCUAGUUUUUUAUUAUGAAACGUAUUUUUUUAAUCAAUUCAGUACAUUUUGUACAUAAGAGUUUUUACUGAAAAAAUAAAGAUACUGUUGAGUUUUUUACCAUGGAGAUUACAAGCCUCAGCAAAAUACUACUUGAUAUGUAAAAUAAAAUUAGACACCUUUAUCCUCUUUCUUUUAUUUUUUUUUUUUAAAUUAUCAUUACUGUUUUUGGACUAAGAACACCAUUAAUAUACGUUUUUGAUGUGGGGACAUUGCCGCAUGUCAUUAUGACUAUAUUGUUUCAGUUUGCUACUGGAAUGACAAUUUUUCUUCCCAUAACUCCAUAAAAAGAAAAUGACUGCUUCAUUACUGUGGCAAUAAAAGAGCACCUGUAGGAAUGCAGUGUAAGCAGUGCCAGUGUACAGAGUCCAGAGCGUUCAGUCAUUCAGCGUUGAAGGAGAUGCACUGGAUGUAUUCAGUGACGGCUCACUCGUAGAGGGAUUUACUGAAGACUCAAACUGCCAAGAUGCCCUCUUGGAAGACUGUCAAACUCAUCCUUUAUGAGCUUCUACAGUUCGCAUGUCUCUGUAUUCCUGUGUUUGUAGUUAUGGAGCGCUUCGCUUCAGUCAUUCGACUUGUGAAGUCUAGUACCACUGCCUACUGGCUGGUGGUGGCGGCCUCUGUGGCCUAUAUGGCGUCUGCAACCCUGUUUGUGUGGGUUCCUUUGAAGUACUUCAUCCUCAAGACUCAACGGUUCUCAGAAGUGACUAACUGGCGACCUGUUACUCUCGCCUAUGUGAUUCUCAGCACUUUACCAUGCUUUGCUAUCAUCAUAGCCAACUCAAAGGUUCAGGUUGACGCUGGCAUUAAGUUUGACCGCUUCACUGAGCUCCCUGUCUCUCUGGUCUUGUUCUCCCUCAUUUGUGUGGACAUAGUGGAGAGAAUUCGCCCUCUUCGCCUGACAGGACAGGCAAGUGCAUUAGAUCUGGAUUUUGAGAUGCCGGGUCCGGUUCUGACUCACUUGGAGCAGGUGACAUCAGUGUCCGCGCAGCUGCAGGCUAACGGACGGGACGGCGACACGUCUCUCAGGUCGCCGGUCAGGAACGGGUCACUAUUAGGCCCGUCUCGCACCAGCAGCACGGCAUAUCUCUACUCCUCUCAUUCUCACUCAGGUCCCUUUCGCUUUUUCUGGAUUCGAGACCCUCGGCAUGACCUCUUCGUGGCCUCCUUCAUGUUCUGGUUUGACACCGUGGAAAUGUUGAGGGCGGCCGGGACUGAUUCGGUGUAUUACUCAGCGUGGGUGUUUCCCAUAUACAUGCUGGCUUAUCUGUCCAUCCUACGUACUGUUCUAACUCCAGACAGUCCUCUGCUGACUGCUUCCAGCGUCCUUUCCCAAGAUUUGCCCUUCCUGGUGGUGCGCAUAUGCCUGGUAGGGGUCUUCGGUUACGUUACCCCUGUGCUGUACAUACUAAAGAACAUUCUUGCUGCGGUGUCUUUCAUGUACUUUGUCUUUAUGACUAAACUAAAGCUGCUGAACAAAAGAAGCAUGUUCUGAGGGCAUUGUGAGGAAAAUAAGAGAAGAAAUAAGUACAGAUUGACAGCCUAUGUAUUUUGACUUGUAAAUAUGAAUGAAUGUGUAUAUUUCAUGAUUUUUAUUUUACAGAUAACCAAAACUAUAGACGGUCAUCUGAAUGUUUAGCCAUCAUUCUAUUAAUAUUUAUUGAAAAUGAUAUUGGUAAAUGCUGUUUAAUAUGUUUUAAGGCUUUUUUAAUGUACAUUUUAAUUCAUUAUGUCAAAUGUCAUGUUUUAAAAUUAAGAACAUCUGAAAC